CAUAGUUAUUAAACAACAGCAAUACCCAAACAGAGACAAUCAAGAAUAGGUGUGGACUGUAUCAUGAAACAAGGUUUAUUUCAUACAGAACAGAUACAAUGUAAUGUACUACUGUUCGUAGUUACUAUGUAAUUACAUGCUUAUCAAUGAUGCUAAUAGACUGCUGCUGGCAAGUUUAGUGUUUGUAAACUUUCUCGAUGUGUUGUUUAAAAGUUUCCGAUGCUUUGCCUCUUACAUUCUCAGUGUGAGAUCAAUACUCUCAGUACAGAUAGGACUUGUAAUAUUAAUGUAUGCUGUUUUUUUUAGAUAUCUGUAUAUUUCACAGCAUUAAACUGUUUGCAAACUGAGAGCCAUUAACUGUAAAAUAUUAAUGCUACACUGCUGGUACCAUUUCGAUAACAAUUUUCGCGAUUUAACUGUAAAGCUUCUCUUCCACCCGAAUGCUGAUGUCAUUGCAAUGAUCCAGGAGCAGAUAGGCCGUGUUCCUUUACAGAAACUGCUUUUCUGAGAAGUGCCUUCAGCUGUCAUGACAUCACGGCCUGCUAAAGUGCAAGCGUGGUUUGUUUUGUCUGCUUCUCACAACGACCAAGACGUACAGUUGUCCAGAAAAUCAUACAAGUUUGAAAUCACUAGGCCCAGUUAUAAUGAAUGGUAUUAUUUUACAUGCAACAUAAAUGUUUUGUUGUUUUUUGGUUUGUUUUUAAGUCUGUUUUUAUGAAUAAAAUCAAGUCUGAUAUUCUCGAAACUGUUAUGAAUGAUUGACGGGUCCAUUCACGUGGAUGGAUGAUUCACGGGUCCAAUUUUGGCCACGCCUGCUGUAGCCACUUACAUUGGGAGAAAGGGGUUAUGGGUCAGGCUGAAUAGGCUGAGGGGGACGCACAUGAUCCCUCUCUGGUUCAGUUUGUUCCCCAAAGCUGUAGGAACACAAGCCCGCCCCUCCCCUUUGAAAUAUACUCGCUGUAAUACCGGAACAUCACUGGCAACUCGUCACAUGAAUCUGGUGCUGCUUGCUGUCGUGGUGUAGGAGGCUAUAAAUGACAUGGCUCAGGAAGAGCGAUAGAAACUAGAAAAAGGGGAUUUGUUCCAGCUUGAUAUUACAGGAAAUGUAUUCAGCUCUGAACUCAGACUACAAACGGUGGAGAGAGUGUUGAACAGGAAAUGGCUGACAGGGUGAUAUUCUCGGUCCUCGCUGUGCUGCUCUGCUUGUCUGGUGCGGUGCUUGGACAACAACAGCCAGACUGCAGUCACUGCUAUAAGAUCGAACCCAGGGUCAUGGCGGGGAUCAUUGCCACGGACGUGGUUCUCACUGUCCUCAUCGUGGUCUUUGUCUAUUACUUGGCCAGCCGACGGAGAGAGAAGAAGGAAAAAGCAGACAAGGUCUACAUAAACAUGCCUAACGUGGAGCGGAGACCCUACCUGAAGCCAUGAAGACAAGACAGCUUCAAGUCCCAGCAUCAUUUAUCCUGAAAUCAAAGAAGUGCCUGCCAUGUGGAGGGCAUCCUACUGUACAAAUCAUCUCUGCUUCUUAAGCACUAUAUUGCAUUUCUUGACUGAUGUUGUUUUGUAUAAGGAUUUAGCAUAGCAUAGGGAAAGCAAGGUGCAAACAGCAAAACUUGUAAAGGGGCGCUAUGGGCUUGCCUAGACCCCUUGAAGAGGCUGUUCAAUUCUAAGUUUUGAAUAUUCAACACGCUUGCACUUUUUAAAAUCUAAUUUGUUUGGAUAAUCAUCUAUUUUUUAUGCUGUUUGUGACAUCAUUUCCAGUGGUGUUGCCAAUCACUUAGUUCUUCCCAUGCUGAAAUAUAAAAAC